AUGGAAAUUGAGGGGUUGUUGCGGUUGAUACAGAGCAAGUUUCACGCAGAGCAAGCAAGGCGCAAUGAUCGCUUGCAACACACGAAGGCGUCGCUAAAAGCUCUGUAUAACUCCCUACGGCACCACUCCGGUCCGGCAAUAGGACCCAAAGUGGAUCCAACUCGGCCUGUCAACCCUGCGACGCCACUCAAGACGCUUCUGCGCGCUGCUAUUCUGGCCAUGUCGACGUCGGCGAAGCGCCACGGACGUGGCAGGACGCAGAUUGAAGCUAUUCACGAACAGUUAACCCAGAUGCUCCCACCUCCAGAUACUAGAACGACGGCAGUAGCAGCCGCAAUGACCAUCCACACUGUGAUUCGAGAUGAUAAGCCUAAGAAACCUGUCCAGACGCGAGACGUAUGGUGCCAAACUGAUCAAAUCUCAACGCUAAUAAGAGAGCGGAGAGUAGAAGCCUCUCAAGACGAGCUACACGUCGCACCCGAGAGCUUGGACGGCUACGUACUGCCUGGCUCCCAGUGCUUCCCUGGUAAGCCCAAACAUCAUCAACCUGAUCUAAUCAUGCUUCACCUGGUCGUGGGGAUCCCCAUUUCGGCUUCGUUGGUGUCCGAACUGCGUCGUCUCCUGCCAAAUUUGCCUCGAGGUAACUACUACGUGUCCAAUGCACUGCGUCUCGCGCUCUUCCAUGAGCUGGUACGGUUCUACGCCGCCGUAGAGAUGCAGGUCGAAGCCAACAGGACACGACCAAGUCCUCGGGUAUUCGAAGGUGAGGACCAGAUCCGAGACGCAGAGGUCGUCAUCGGUAGUCCUCGAGACACGCCAUUCCUGCGUCUUGUACAGCCAAUCGCGCAACUUAACCAAACCCAACUUUACCCAGGGGAAAAAGCGUAUCAGGCUGCACUUGCCGGAGCUGCCGCCAUGUACGCUAACAACGUGAGCAACCUGGACCAGAUCCUGUCGUCGCUGCAGUGCUACCCCCAAAGUUCUCGUGUUCGUGGAGACGUGUACAAUCUGCUCGGUCAGAUCCCGUCGUUGCAGCCCAAUUGCGGCACAUUCGCUCAUAAUGACGGCACAACCAGCACCUUGCUCAACCUGGAGGGUACAAUUCCCAUUUUCUACCGAGGCAAUCAGUACAACAUCCCCGUCGAGUUUUGGGUCGUAGAGACGUAUCCUAUGGCCCCACCCGUGUGUUUUGUGCGCCCUACCGCCGACAUGAUGGUCAAACCUGGCCACCCACACGUAACCAGCGACGGGUACGUCAAGAUCCCGUACACCAGCGACUGGCGACCGGACUUUACGAUGCUGGAGCUCGUGGCUCACAUGUGCAGUAUCUUUGGUAAUAUGCCGCCAGUAUUCCGUCGACCGGCGGCCUCCAGACCCCAGAGCAGAGUCAACGGCGGUGCCUCUGCAGCCAGUAGCGGCACAGGCGGCUACUUCCAACAAGGUUCUUAUGCCCAGUCACAUCCGCCGCAGCCGUCUCCGUAUUAUUCUUCGCAGUUUCAGUCUCAUUCUCGACAGGAAAGUGAAGAAAACUCGCUCUUUGGGGCCAGUCAGCAGUCUCUGGGAGCGUCCUCCUCGUCGAAUUCUGGCGUCUAUGCGUCGAAUGAGGCGAGGCCGGAAGAGCGUGCGGCGGCGUUAAAGGUCGAAGUGACAGGCAAAAUCCAGAUGCAGCUGGAGAAAACGCUCAAACGUGUGCGAGACGAUAUUGAUCUGCAGUUUGAGCAUGAAGUCCAGCUGACACAGUCGCGGGAGAAUGUAGAGCGCGGUCUGCAGUCGCUGCGCUUCCUUCGUGACGAUAUUGCGCGUGCCAAAAGUGUGGUGGAGACGCAGGAUACAGAGGUUACGGCAUGGCUAGAGGAAAACGAGGGCAAGGACACAGUGGACCCAGACACGAUCUUGGUCGAAGGCGAGGCGCUGUCCAAACAGAUGAUCAAGACACUGGCAGAACAUUAUGCGAUGGAGGACGCGCUGUACUACAUGGAUCGUGCGUUGAGCAACGACGAGAUGGAGUUGGCUGUCUUCCUCAAAGAGGUACGGAGACUCGCGCGAAAGCAGUUCAUGUGCCUGGCGUUAGUGCAGAAAAUACACGUUCAACAGCAAGAGCUGGCGGCGUCCUCGUACCAUCGUAAUCCACCAAGUUAG